AUGUUCAGAAAAGUGAAAUAUAUAGAUGACUCGUUGACCCCGGAUUCUUCUGAAUCAGAUAUAGAACCAAAAGCAAGAUCAAUUGUUACAAAUCCUUCCAAUUCUACUCCCUCUUCUACCUCUUCUUCCUCAGGUACAUUGAAGGAUAUGCUACCAAAGAAAAAGCAUGUGACUAUACAGUUAGAUGAUGAGCAGUCAAAAAGGUUAGACUCAUUGCCAAGUUUCAAAAGAAGGCCGUUGAGUGAUACACCAGUUACUAGUACAUGGACAUCGCCAAGUGUUUCUGCCUCUCCUUCUCCGGUACCUAGUACUCUACAAUUACCAAGUCUAAGUCGCUUGCAAAAGGGAGAAACAACACCUGUAACGUCAGGCAGUCGAUCUCCUUCGAAAUUUUCUCAUAGGACAAGGAGGCCCACGACAAUUGAUGUACCUGGCUUAACUAAGUCUAAAACAUCCCCGGAUGGUCUCAUAUCAAAAGAGGACUCAGGGUCGAAAUUAAUCAUCAUAAUGGUAGGGUUGCCGGCAACAGGUAAAUCAUUCAUAACAAACAAAUUAUCAAGAUAUUUAAACUAUUCCAUGUAUUAUUGUAAAGUCUUUAAUGUUGGUAAUACAAGAAGAAGAUUUGCAAAGAAACAUAACUUAAGUGAUCAGGAUUCAAAAUUUUUUGAUCCAAGUAAUGAAAAUUCAUCCAAACUUAGAGAUAAGUGGGCACUUGACACCUUAGAUGAAUUAUUAGACUAUCUAUUGGAAGGCCCAGGUUCAGUAGCAGUCUUCGACGCUACAAACACAACCAGAACUCGUAGAAAGAAGGUACUAGAAAAAAUUCGUGAAAGAAAUAGCCACUUAAAAGUUUUAUAUUUGGAGUCUAUUUGUACAAAUAGAACUGUAGUCGAAAAUAAUAUCAAAUUGAAGUUGUUUGGACCAGACUAUAAGGGUAAAAACCCUGAAGAAUCAUUGAAAGAUUUCAAAGAAAGAUUGGCAAAUUAUUUGAGGGCAUAUGAACCAAUAGAAGAUGAUGAAAAUAUACCAUAUAUUAAAAUGAUAGAUGUUGGUAAAAAAAUAAUAUCAUACAAAAUUGAAGGUUUUUUAGCAUCUCAGACAGUAUAUUAUCUAUUGAAUUUUAAUUUGACGGAAAGACAGAUAUGGAUUACCAGAAAUGGUGAAAGCGAAGAUAAUAUGUUGGGGAGAUUGGGAGGUGAUUCACAUUUAACUUCACGUGGACUCAAAUAUGCUCAAGCAUUGACUAGGUUCAUGGAUGAGCAAAGAGAAAUAUUCUAUUUCGAACAAUUAAAAAAAAAAGAGGCAAAUGAAAUUUAUUCCAAAAAUGAUAUAAUACAAACUUAUAAAGAAAAUGGAACUACUGAUCCCAUUAGUAAUUUCUUUGUCUGGACUAGUAUGAGACAAAGGUCAGUUGAGACAGCACAGUAUUUUAAUGAAGAUGAUUAUCCAAUAAAACAAAUGAGGAUGUUGGACGAAUUGAGUGCAGGUGACUACGAAGGUAUGACAUAUUCAGAAAUAAGAGCCAAUUUCCCUAAGGAAUUUGCAAAGAGACAAAAGGAUAAAUUACGUUAUAGAUACCCUGGGAUUGCAGGCGAGUCAUAUAUGGAUGUUAUUAAUCGUUUAAGGCCUGUUAUUACGGAACUGGAAAGGAUUGAUGAUAGUGUAUUGAUUGUUACGCACAGAGUUGUUGCUAGGGCCUUAUUAGGAUACUAUAUGAAUCUAAAUGUUGACGUUAUCUCCAACUUAGAUGUCCCACUACAUUGUGUAUACUGUUUAGAAACGAAACCAUAUGGUAUAACAUGGUCACUAUGGGAAUAUGAUGAGAAGACAGAUUGCUUUUCCAAGGUUCCGGAAUCUCAUUUGAACACAACAAAAGUUAGGGAAGUUGGGCUUGUUUACAAGGAAAGGAAAUAUUCUGUUGUCCCUACCGCGCCUCCUACUAAUGAGUUGGGAUCGAGUGACUUCUUGAAUAGAAGAAGAGCUAGUGUAGGAUUCGAAGGUGAUGGUCUACAACAAGAUAGUGGAACCAUUGAUGAAAAAGUUCUUGCAAGCGAACCUAUCACGUCAUCCAAUAUAAGAAGUGAAUUUAAAAAGGCUGAUAUGAGACCUAUACCACGUAAGUCAUCAAGAGAGCGUUUUCAAAUCGAUCAACUCAAUGAAAAACUUUCUAGUUUAAAAACAGACCUUGGCACCCGUUUUAGGGACGCUACCUCUCCAGAUGCUAGUGAUAAUAGUAAUAUCACCAGUAAUAAUAGCAUAAAAAUGACAAGAAGUCAUAGUCAGACUUAA